AUGAUGCACGAUUUAGUCACUCUGCUCAUUCUCCUCUUCCCCAUCAUCGGCCCUCACGCCGCUUACGCAGAGUUGGCCGGUUUCGAAGACCGCAGUCCCCAGUGCGGUGGCAGCCUACUCUACACGCAGUCUUCAGGAGAAAUAAUAUCCCAUGCGGGUCUUCUUGAGGACCUGCCUCUGCCUCAGAAUCUUUCCUGUUUCUGGCUUAUUCAGGCCCCGGGUCAGCAGAAUGGGGUCCUGUUACAGGCCGGUCUUUUCGACCUCGAGGAGGGAGUAAGUGGAUCCUGUGAGGAGGACUUCCUUGCUGUCUUCGUGCCAGGUGAUGAGCCCCAGACUGGGACCGACGGACUUGGCCUCUCGAGGUUCACGAAGGCGGUUGGCGGCGGACGCAAGUGCGGAAAACAUCCAGACGGCAGCCUACGUUUCCUAGCGGACAGCAAUGCCGUCCUUAUUGUUCUCAGAACCGUCAAAGCCAGCGCUAAACGGCGCGGCAUUCGACUGCAUUUCAAUGUACUACCUCGGGAACAGAUUGCUAGCAUCGGAAAGGCGGCCGGAGAAUGCGCUAAAGCCUCGGAAUGGACUUGCCCCUCAGCGAAUGACGAAAAGGUCUGCAUACCCAAGUCCUGGGUCUGUGACAGCAUUGAAGACUGCCCUGAGGGGCGAGAUGAGAGCAUCUGCAGACACCACUCGGGGCCGUCUGCGCGUAAGGUACAGACCCCGACAACGAGGUGUAAGGCGGCUGGCAGGGGAAAGGGUGUCGCCAAUGCAACCGAUGACUGGGGCCGAGUGGUCAACGGACAGCCGGCUCAACAAGGUGCCUGGCCUUUCAUAGCCUCCCUGCGUCUAGGCAGCGGUGCUUCGCAUGUCUGCGGGGGCAGCCUCAUCAGUCAGUACUACGUGCUCACUGCGGCUCACUGUGUGUACGACUUUCAGAAUCCCGACUACUGGCAGGUAGAUUUGGGCAGGUACUACAAAGACCAAAAUACCGAUGGCAUCCAGCGGUUCCGCGUUGCCAAGGUUAUCCUCUACCCGGCCUACGAUCCCACCAAGAUUGUAAAUGACCUGGCCUUGCUGCAACUGGCCCAACCCGCCAAUCUAGCCACCGCGGUGGUGCAGAAGGCCAAUGUAGUUCGCAGCGCAAGUCAGGCAAGUGGUCUUACAACUAACACGCCCUGCAUCGUGGCCGGUUGGGGCGACACCCGCAACACCGGUUCAAAUUCUGUUCUACGGCAGGCGAGCGUGCCGGUCAUUGACUACACUCUCUGCAGCUCCUGGUACAGCACUCUGACGCCAGCCAGCUUCUGUGCCGGAUACGCGCAGGGCGGUAUCGACGCCUGCCAGGGAGACAGCGGCGGGCCCCUGCUCUGCCGUAUAGGCGGCGAGGUGGUGCAGUCUGGCGUGGUGUCGUGGGGCGCAGACUGUGCCCAGGCAAAACAACCCGGGGUCUACACAAAUCUCGCAAAUUUCGUCAGCUGGUAUCAAAACCUGCUUUAG